GAUCAGCCGUCCCCACUCACUCUGCUAGGCAUCCUUUUCAUAUGUACACACAGAAAAAAAGCUCAUGUGUUGUUCAAUCUUGGUAUAAAGUAUUGUUUUAGUAUUAAAUAUUGUUAUUCCUUUCUCCUUUAUAAUCCCCAAAGUCUUCCUUCUCUUUGCUCAAAGUGAUUCAUACAAUGUUUCAUGGUGUUUCCCGUGUCCAAAAGUUGGGGUGGGAAGAUAGGAGCAGCGGCCUUUGAAGUGGGUUGUUGGUCCUGAGACGCAUGGUUGGUUGUGGUGAGAAGGAUUGGAGUAGAUUGAUCGCGCCCAGAAGUUUGAUCAAGAAUGGAUGCAGUUGCAGUCUGCGUGAGAGAGCCGAGAUUCAGCCUUGGGAUCAUGGAUGACGGUGGUGGUGGCGAGGAAGAUGAUCUCUUCGACUCCUUGUCGUCCUCUGAGGAUUCGAGCGGCUCAGAUCCGUCUUCGGCGUCGGAUUUCAUGGAAGACGCUUCGUCGUCUUCCUCGUCGCCCUCUUCGGUUAAUCAGCUCGUGGAGGGGCCUUUGUAUGAAAUGACAUCCCUUAUGGCACAGCUUCCCUUCAAAAGAGGUCUUUCCAAACAUUACGAAGGUAAAUCACAGUCAUUCACAUCACUAGCAGCAGCGACCUGUUUGGCAGACCUCGCAAAGCCUGAGAAUCCCUACAACAAGAGGUUAAAGUCAUCUAAGAGCUAUGCUGGAAAUCUGGACUGCCACAAGUCAUACCCACCAAGGGGUUCCAUAUCUAAGGCCAUCUCAAAGAAAUCCCCGAAGAGUUCUUGUGGGGCAUCACUGAUCAGAAGAAACAACAGUUUUCUGAGCAACAAGCCACCAAUCCCUACACAAAAGAAUGUGUGACAAAUUGCCCCACACUUGUGUUUUAGGGGUCAUUUUUGAUCCUUUGUAAAUACAUUUCCCAGAAAUAUCGAGGCUAUCUGUUGUUCUUUUUCCUGA